AUGCAGUGGACGUCGCCGGUGGAGGCGUGCGUGUCGCACUCGCGCGCGCUGCUGCGCCGCAUGUCGCGCGCCGGGCUCGGCGCCUGCGCCUUCGCGGAUCUACCCGCGCUGCUUGGACGUCGCCGGUGGAGGCGUGCGUGUCGCACUCGCGCGCGCGCUGCUGCGCCGCAUGUCGCGCGCCGGGCUCGGCGCCUGCGCCUUCGCGGAUCUACCCGCGCUGCUGCGCCGCUGACUGGUGCGCUACGAGAGCGCGCCACACCCGCCAGGUUAGUCAACCUACUCAUUCUACUGCAUGCAGUGGACGUCGCCGGUGGAGGCGUGCGUGUCGCACUCGCGCGCGCUGCUGCGCCGCAUGUCGCGCGCCGGGCUCGGCGCCUGCGCCUUCGCGGAUCUACCCGCGCUGCUGCGCCGCUGACUGGUGCGCUACGAGAGCGCGCCACACCCGCCAGGUUAGUCAACCUACUCAUUCUACUGCAUGCAGUGGACGUCGCCGGUGGAGGCGUGCGUGUCGCACUCGCGCGCGCUGCUGCGCCGCAUGUCGCGCGCCGGGCUCGGCGCCUGCGCCUUCGCGGAUCUACCCGCGCUGCUGCGCCGCUGACUGGUGCGCUACGAGAGCGCGCCACACCCGCCAGGUUAGUCAACCUACUCAUUCUACUGCAUGCAGUGGACGUCGCCGGUGGAGGCGUGCGUGUCGCACUCGCGCGCGCUGCUGCGCCGCAUGUCGCGCGCCGGGCUCGGCGCCUGCGCCUUCGCGGAUCUACCCGCGCUGCUGCGCCGCUGACUGGUGCGCUACGAGAGCGCGCCACACCCGCCAGGUUAGUCAACCUACUCAUUCUACUGCAUGCAGUGGACGUCGCCGGUGGAGGCGUGCGUGUCGCACUCGCGCGCGCUGCUGCGCCGCAUGUCGCGCGCCGGGCUCGGCGCCUGCGCCUUCGCGGAUCUACCCGCGCUGCUGCGCCGCUGACUGGUGCGCUACGAGAGCGCGCCACACCCGCCAGGUUAGUCAACCUACUCAUUCUACUGCAUGCAGUGGACGUCGCCGGUGGAGGCGUGCGUGUCGCACUCGCGCGCGCUGCUGCGCCGCAUGUCGCGCGCCGGGCUCGGCGCCUGCGCCUUCGCGGAUCUACCCGCGCUGCUGCGCCGCUGACUGGUGCGCUACGAGAGCGCGCCACACCCGCCAGGUUAGUCAACCUACUCAUUCUACUGCAUGCAGUGGACGUCGCCGGUGGAGGCGUGCGUGUCGCACUCGCGCGCGCUGCUGCGCCGCAUGUCGCGCGCCGGGCUCGGCGCCUGCGCCUUCGCGGAUCUACCCGCGCUGCUGCGCCGCUGACUGGUGCGCUACGAGAGCGCGCCACACCCGCCAGGUUAGUCAACCUACUCAUUCUACUGCAUGCAGUGGACGUCGCCGGUGGAGGCGUGCGUGUCGCACUCGCGCGCGCUGCUGCGCCGCAUGUCGCGCGCCGGGCUCGGCGCCUGCGCCUUCGCGGAUCUACCCGCGCUGCUGCGCCGCUGACUGGUGCGCUACGAGAGCGCGCCACACCCGCCAGGUUAGUCAACCUACUCAUUCUACUGCAUGCAGUGGACGUCGCCGGUGGAGGCGUGCGUGUCGUACUCGCGCGCGCUGCUGCGCCGCAUGUCGCGCGCCGGGCUCGGCGCCUGCGCCUUCGCGGAUCUACCCGCGCUGCUGCGCCGCUGACUGGUGCGCUACGAGAGCGCGCCACACCCGCCAGGUUAGUCAACCUACUCAUUCUACUGCAUGCAGUGGACGUCGCCGGUGGAGGCGUGCGUGUCGCACUCGCGCGCGCUGCUGCGCCGCAUGUCGCGCGCCGGGCUCGGCGCCUGCGCCUUCGCGGAUCUACCCGCGCUGCUGCGCCGCUGACUGGUGCGCUACGAGAGCGCGCCACACCCGCCAGGUUAGUCAACCUACUCAUUCUACUGCAUGCAGUGGACGUCGCCGGUGGAGGCGUGCGUGUCGCACUCGCGCGCGCUGCUGCGCCGCAUGUCGCGCGCCGGGCUCGGCGCCUGCGCCUUCGCGGAUCUACCCGCGCUGCUGCGCCGCUGACUGGUGCGCUACGAGAGCGCGCCACACCCGCCAGGUUAGUCAACCUACUCAUUCUACUGCAUGCAGUGGACGUCGCCGGUGGAGGCGUGCGUGUCGCACUCGCGCGCGCUGCUGCGCCGCAUGUCGCGCGCCGGGCUCGGCGCCUGCGCCUUCGCGGAUCUACCCGCGCUGCUGCGCCGCUGACUGGUGCGCUACGAGAGCGCGCCACACCCGCCAGGUUAGUCAACCUACUCAUUCUACUGCAUGCAGUGGACGUCGCCGGUGGAGGCGUGCGUGUCGCACUCGCGCGCGCUGCUGCGCCGCAUGUCGCGCGCCGGGCUCGGCGCCUGCGCCUUCGCGGAUCUACCCGCGCUGCUGCGCCGCUGACUGGUGCGCUACGAGAGCGCGCCACACCCGCCAGGUUAGUCAACCUACUCAUUCUACUGCAUGCAGUGGACGUCGCCGGUGGAGGCGUGCGUGUCGCACUCGCGCGCGCUGCUGCGCCGCAUGUCGCGCGCCGGGCUCGGCGCCUGCGCCUUCGCGGAUCUACCCGCGCUGCUGCGCCGCUGACUGGUGCGCUACGAGAGCGCGCCACACCCGCCAGGUUAGUCAACCUACUCAUUCUACUGCAUGCAGUGGACGUCGCCGGUGGAGGCGUGCGUGUCGCACUCGCGCGCGCUGCUGCGCCGCAUGUCGCGCGCCGGGCUCGGCGCCUGCGCCUUCGCGGAUCUACCCGCGCUGCUGCGCCGCUGACUGGUGCGCUACGAGAGCGCGCCACACCCGCCAGGUUAGUCAACCUACUCAUUCUACUGCAUGCAGUGGACGUCGCCGGUGGAGGCGUGCGUGUCGCACUCGCGCGCGCUGCUGCGCCGCAUGUCGCGCGCCGGGCUCGGCGCCUGCGCCUUCGCGGAUCUACCCGCGCUGCUGCGCCGCUGACUGGUGCGCUACGAGAGCGCGCCACACCCGCCAGGUCCGGGGCGUCGCCUCCGCGCCCGCGCCCGCGCCCUCGCGCCGCGCCGGUAGAGCGAGCACUCGCGACUGCUCCAGUGCUUAAUGAUCUAUACAAGCAUACUCGACACGGCACCGCGACCAACAAUCUAUCACACAUCCGGCCUGCCCAACUUCACAAUCGCUAUUGCUUCGUCAAACACUCUGGUAUUAGUCUGUAACUAGCCAUAUUAACAGUUGCGACGGAACGUGAGCAAAAGACCUUUUGUCUACUAGCCUGGCUACGUACGUAGCCAACAGCCUGGGUAAUGGCACAAACACUCACGAAACGCUCGUAGAUAUCUAUCUCUAUCGCUCUUGCGUAUUGGCGCGACAUCGACGGAGCCGGACUACCUUUCGCGGCGUUUCGUUUGCGUUUCGCUUCGCAGAAAUGCCGUUCGGCUACGGCACCUGAUAUCUGUAGACGAGUUGCGAAGCGAACACGCUACGACGCGUAUUGCGACUAUCUCUAUCACUCUUGUAUAUUAUUGGUGCGACAGAGAAGUCGAGUUUCGUUGGCCACGUAGCGCUUGCGAUUGUGACUUUAGGCCGGCUGAACCUCUAGAAUAACUUUUAUUCGAAAACAUAUCGGGACGUACUUUUUUUGGUGAGCUUCAUGUAUGGGAUUAUAAAAAGCGCACCGAGCGGGGCGUUUUGGAAACAAAUUAUCAUAUAAUAUGAAGCUUACUAAAAUAAACAGUGAACUGUUAACUGUAU